AUAAUUACACUAUCAGAUUUGGAGUGUGACUACAUUAACGCUCGAUCAUGCUGCUCAAAACUCAAUAAAUGGGUGGUCCCUGAGGUGAUUGGCCAUGCUGUUGUAACUGUAUUAAUGCUUAUUUCAUUGCACUGGUUCAUCUUUCUCCUUAAUUUGCCAGUAGCAACAUGGAAUAUAUAUAGGUAA